CGGCACAACGAUUUUGCCUUUCCUCUUCGCCAACUGAGCAUUUGUAUAUUAUAUAUAUACUUAUAUGGCUUCAGUCAUGUUUAAAUUCUCUUCAGCACAUCUAUUGAUCCAGUUAUAACACGCUGCCCACUUGUGCCCCCUCUCAAUCGCCACCUUCGACCUACAUUCAUACGCAAUGCCGCUUCUCGCAGGUCGCAAUCAACACAAGCACCUUCUCGUAACACUACAUCUCGGGCAGGAUAUCACGGCAUACUCUCGUGGUUGUUGUCCUUAGGGCCGCUCCUGAUAAUCUUGUGCGGCGCCAUACUCUGCCAAUCUUUCGUCUAGCCUUGGUCCACUACCGUCCAUGUCUACGUUUCCUUCACCAGCUGUCAAAAUGGUGUUUCAACCCUUUGUCGAUGCCUGGCAUCAAGUCAAGGCCAUGAAGCCAUCAUUUUUGAGCCGGAACCCCCAUUUUAACUUUAUUACUGUCCAUUACUUCUGGAUCGUCGGUAUGGCAUUCCUAGGCUCUAUCCUCGUCUUUGCACCAGGAAAGAUUACAUAUAUCGAUGCACUAUUUUUCUCAGCCGGGUCAUGCACUCAGAGCGGCCUGAACCCGCUCGACUUCAACAAUCUCAACACCUUUCAACAGAUCGUCCUGUACCUCCUACCCAUGAUGACCAAUCCAAUCACGAAUAAUACCUUUGUUGUAUUUUUACGACUAUAUUGGUUUGAGAAGCGGUUCCAGCACAUCGCCAAGGAGGCCAAGCGCUCGAGGAGGAGUAUGUCGAAAACGAGGUCGCAGAUGAAAGGAGAGCGAGACACAGCAAUAAUGGAGCACGGUGUGAAUGGGCGGACAAUAAGAGUUAUCCAUGAGACCACACGAAUGGGCACAGCUGGCCAUCCGGCGACCGAAGAGCAUACCGCCGAAAAUACAAACGCAAAUGCCAAUGCACCAAGGACACCAUACGCACCAAACCUAGACGAUUACGCCAUCACGUUUGACAAAUCAGAGUCUGAGAGCCCGAAGCAUGAGGCGCCACCGUUGAAAACCGCACCAACGAUCAAGUUCGCAGACCAAGUUAAACGAAGCGAUGGCGUUGACAGCGAAUACUUGCGAGUGCCCAGCACGAGGGAGCCAGAGACACACAUUGAGUUUUUGGAGCGUCAACGGAGGCUUACUGGAGGCGCUUUGCGUAUCCCGGGGCCUAGGGAUGCCGAUAGAGGUGUAGCACCAGAGACGAUUGACGAAGCGCAGAUUAUGUCAGGAGGCAUGGUUCGAAGUGAUUCUGAUGUUGAGCCUUUGCCCCGGGGACUCAAUGGACCAAAUGUGGAGCCUGAAUCGUCACAGAGCCCUAGCACUGAUUCAGGUACUUCUGAUCGCAGUAGCGCCAGUGAGAAUCACCCUGAAACAGUUGAUUAUGGCCGGGAGGAAUAUGCCAGUAGAUCCCAGCAUGCUUCUGAAUCAACACGCGCCGCUGCACACAGUUUGGGAGUAUUAAGAUUCCGAAAGCCGAGAUUGUUGAGUGGUGACAAGGUCCAUGGCGAGCAUGAAAAGACGGAAAGGUCGAGAUCAAGAGCCAUGACCUUGACAAGGUUGAAAAGCCACUUCACGAAAGACAAAGAGCAGUCGGAUCCUAUGCCUUACAUCAGUUUCCAACCGACCAUAGGGCGUAAUUCAGCAUUCGUUGAUCUUUCAGAGGCUGAAAGGGAGGAACUGGGCGGUAUCGAGUACCGCUCCUUGAAAACCCUAGCAAUUGUCCUCGUCUCCUAUUUCUGGUUUGGGACCAUCUUUACGACCAUAUCUCUUGUUCCUUGGAUUGUCAAUAACGCCCGUUAUGGUCCAAUUGUCGAUGCCGCCGGUAUGAGUCGCACUUGGUGGGGCUUCUUCACUGCGAUGUCAAGUUUCAACGACUUGGGAUUUUCCCUCGUUCCUGACAGCAUGGUCUCGUUCCAGACUGCCAUUUGGCCUCUAUUUGUCAUGUCCUUCAUGAUUAUUUUUGGUAAUACCGGGUUUCCAGUGUUGCUGAGGUUCAUUAUCUAUUGUACUUCCAAGCUGGUGCCUAAGACGAGUGGGAUAUGGGAAGAGCUGAGGUUCCUGCUUGAUCAUCCCAGGAGAUGCUUUACGCUGUUGUUCCCGGCUACUGCAACCUGGUGGCUUUUCUGGGUCCUCGUUCUCUUGAACGGUAUCGAUCUUAUAUUCUUCAUCAUUCUUGAUUUCGGUAAUCCAGUUGUAACGGAUCUUCCUCCGAAUAUUCGAGUUCUCGAUGGCUGGUUCCAAGCUACAUCCACACGCACGGCUGGGUUUGCUGUUGUAUCAAUCGCCGACCUACAUCCUGCCAUUCAAAUUUCUUACAUGGUCAUGAUGUACAUUUCCGUAUUCCCUAUCGCCAUUUCGGUUCGUCGGACAAACGUUUAUGAAGAACAGUCGCUUGGCAUCUGGGGUGGCGCUACGGACGAUAUUGAGAGCAAAAGUGCGGAGCCUUCGUACGUUGGAUCCCAUAUCCGUCGACAGUUGUCCUUCGAUCUCUGGUUCGUGACACUGGGGUGGUUCAUCAUGGCCAUUGCAGAAGCCAGCCGCAUUCAAGACACGAACCAGCCCGCAUUCAAUCUCUUCAGCUACCUGUUUGAGAUUAUUAGCGCAUAUGGUACCGUCGGGCUCAGCUUGGGGUAUCCCGGUUCAAACGCAUCUUUCUCCGCGCAAUUCAAUGUCGUAGGAAAGUUGGUCAUCAUCGCUAUGCAGAUCCGUGGCCGGCACCGUGGCCUUCCGUACGAACUCGACCGCGCCAUCCUGCUACCUUCGGAAUCACUUCACCAGCGCGAGAUGGAAGAUGCGACGGCAAGGCAUCGCCGCUCCAGUUUCGGCACGACUGUGGGAGGAGGCGAGGAGUUGGAUACUGCGACCACCAAUGCUUCCGGUAGAGACGAGGGUCCCAAGGGCCUGAGAAGGAGAACCAGGCAGGGAAGCAAUUUCCUGAGCAGCAUGUUACAUCCAGGCCCGAGUAUGGUACCAAGACAUCGUCCGUCGAUGACUAAGAGAGAAAGCUCUAUGGGAGGGCGAGCAGGAAGCAGCAGCAGCAGCGGCAACGGCAACGGCAACGGCAACGACGGUGGCGGCAGCGGUGGGGAUGGGGGACGGGAUGGAGCAAGUAUAGCUGAACCUGUUACAAGGAGCAACACACAUGUUCCCCAGCCGACCCGCCGAGAACACGGGACUUCAAGACCGAUUAAAAAGAGGAUGAGCAUCUAAUACCCGCGAUUUGCUUGCUCCGGAGGAUUCGUUGAAAGUUUGUAGCAAGGAGUUUAAUCUACGCUUUGAGUUGGUAGGAAACCGUAUAUCGAUUUGGCAUUUUUAACAGUGGUGGGGAGGUAUGGAAGAGGAGGAUGGCUGUCUGAAUUACUACGUACCUUGGAGAUGCUAGACUCUUUUUUGCGCCAGCACGACGGAUCCUGAAUUGCCUUUGAUAUAGGUACUAGGAGCUUGGAUGGGAGGCUGGAUAUCGAGUUCGCCUAUUAUCUAUUAUCUAUUUAAUAUAUUGUAUAACGCAGUGUUGCCCGAGUACUACUACUCGGAGUACUACUCAGAUCUUCGAGUAGAGUACUGUUUUUUGGGCU